UCACUCUUUCUCUGCCUGGUGCUGGUGCUUGUCCCUGGUAGUUGCUGCCUGGGCUAUGGAGAAGGCCCACCCAAGGGGGUGUGAUGACCGCAUGUGGGCUCCAGUCUGGGCCUGUAGCUCUGUCCGCUUCCGCGCACACACACUCUCUCUCACACACAAAAGGGGGAAAAGGACCAUCCGUCUUUGUCUUUACCAAGUGAAGCUGGUUUCUUUCAAUCUGCGUCACUUAGUUGUUUCUCUCCAGAACUCCUGUUUCUCUCCAGAACUCCUGUUUCUCUCCAGAACUCCUGAUUCGCUGAACUUGGGGCUUGGGUUCAAAGUCUCAAGAAUUCUUUCCAACGCCCACCUUCCACUAGUUACACCUGUUCUCGUAGAGACUUGCGGGAGCUCCUAGUUCCGAAUCCGCGCUUCCUUUUUGGCAGUAUGCAGGCACAAAGUCGAUCCAGUUGGAGAUUUGUCGGCAUGUUUGGCAGGGGCCGGUUCUUGUUGCUAACCCUUUGCCUGCAACGUGGUAGCCAUGGAAGUUGGAAGACCAAUGGACGAGCGUUCAAGUCGCUGAUGAUGAUGAUGGUGGGGAGAUAACAACUCAUUUCUGUGUUGGAGAGCAAGUAGGAGGAAAAAAUAUGAGGACCUGCUUGAAGAAGUACUGGUGUUUCGGGAGUGGCGAGACACAGAAGUCUUCGUUUGGCGCUAAGAAAUCAGCAACAUGGCGCAUAUUUUCGUUGCAAGAGUUGCACUCAGCCACGAACAACUUUAACUAUGAUAAUAAGCUAGGGGAAGGAGGAUUUGGUAGCGUGUACUGGGGCCAGCUUGCUAAUGGUGACCAAAUUGCCGUGAAAAGGCUGAAAGUAUGGAGCACGAAGGCAGAGAUGGAAUUUGCUGUGGAGGUCGAGAUUUUAGGCCGCGUCAGACACAAGAAUCUGCUCAGCUUGCGAGGCUACUGCUCUGAAGGCCAUGAACGCCUAAUUGUAUACGACUACAUGUCCAAGCUGAGCCUGCUGUCUCAUUUACAUGGCCAGUUUGCUACCGACUCCACCCUGAACUGGCACAACAGAAUGAAAAUCGCAAUUGGAUCUGCUGAAGGCCUAGCAUACUUGCACCAUCAUGCAACCCCUCACAUUAUCCACCGCGAUGUCAAAGCUAGCAACAUCCUCUUGGACGAGAAUUUCGAAGCCCAAGUAGCUGACUUCGGAUUUGCAAAACUGAUACCAAAUGGAGCAACACACAUCACAACCGGAGUGAAGGGGACCUUGGGGUACCUGGCACCUGAGUAUGCAAUGUGGGGAAAAGUCUCAGAAAGCUGUGACGUUUAUAGUUAUGGAAUCGUGAUUCUGGAGCUCAUUAGUGGGAAGAAGCCAAUUGAAAGAGUUGAUACUGCUAGAAGAACCAUUGUAGAAUGGGCUGGACCUUUAGUUUUGCAAGGAAGGUGUCGCAACCUGGUUGAUCACAAACUGAAAGACAACUAUGAUGAGGAGGAGCUAGUAAGACUUAUACAGGUUGCGGCACUUUGUGCUCAAAAUUCUCCGGAGAAUAGACCCACAAUGCAAGAGGUCGUGGGGAUGCUCACGGAGGACACCGAAGGUCCUUUGAAACGUUCACUACCUCAUAAAGCAGGUAGUGGAAUGCAUCUUGAGGCAGUGAAGUAUGAUCCAGCCUUGUUGGCGCCUGACGAAACUCCUUGUCGCUUAGGCUCCAGGAAAUCUCCAUUAUCCACUGGUUGAUUCACUGUCCUUGAUAUUUUCAGAGCUGCCUUAGGCAUUUCCGUCUUGUUGAUUCAAGAAAUUCUUGAGGUAAGUGUCUGGUGCGUUCUGUUUGGAUGGAAAUAUUAAUGUACGUAACGACAAAGGUAAUUUUUUUUUGUUGGAGUGGGUCUGUUGAGCAGUGAGAAAUCAAUCUACUUGGGAUGGAGGAGGCACUUGUGCUUCAAAUCUGAACAACCACGGCUUUCUCAACUCUAAACCAUAACGAUUCUAAAUGAAAGCGGAUGGUUUUUCUGCAUUCGUCAACUUGGUUAGAGUUUAUCCUUAUUUGUGUUAUUCUUUCAUGGAUGCGUUGCAACUUAUAAAGUGAGAACACCUUCGCACCUGUGUCAUAACUUUGAACGUUCUACACAGUGUUCACAGUGGUACUCAUUCCAGAAUGAGUUUACUGGGUCGUUAUUGAUAAUAUUAGUGAAGAUCAUUGGUUGACUUUGAGGUCAAAUGAUUGACGCGUACCGGGGUCAACUUAGCCAA